AUGAGUACGACUAGCUCUCUUUGUCCACUUGAAGACAAUGAUACACCACAGCAGUGUUUAUGUUCUCUUGAUUAUUCUUCAUUCCCUAUUAUACUGUUGCAUAGUCUUCCAUUGAAAGUGCAACGUUUAAUAGCAAAUCGAUUAAGUCGUGCUAGUCUACCUCAGUUUGUUUUAACUACUCAUGAAGGAGGUCAAUGGUCAUUGGUUCAAUUAACUAUUAGUCAUUUAAAACCAUCAACAUCAUCAUCGUCAUCAUCGUUGAAUGAAUUUCGAAACAAUCAUAUAGUUAAGGUUAAUUCCAGUAAAGCGAAACCAUUGAAAGAAGUCAAUAAAGAAUUUGAAUCGUCUCCAUCCACAGAUUGGAUUGUAUCAAUUCACCUGAACAUAGAUCCGUAUACUACGGCUUAUUUUUAUGAUUCUUGUGUACAAUUCAAGUUAAAAGCCAAAGAAGCAGAUAAAAAUUGUUGGUAUUGCCCAUUUUGUUCAGCUGUUUACAAUAUCAAUGUUGGCGAUGAUGUAAAUAUCCUAAAACGACAUAUGCGUCUACAUGUUGAACUUCGUUGUUGUAUGGAUUGUGCAACUUUAUUACCAAAUAGUACAUUUUCAGGGAAUUCUGAAACAUCAGAACAUGUACAUAAAUGCAGUGAAUUAAUAAGCUCUCAAGCAAAAGAUGAUCCACAGACAUUGUCUGUUAAUACUAGUCAUAUUUCAACUUCAUCUUACGAAACAGUAGAUCUUCCCAUACCAAGUUGUAGCAAGUUUUUACCAACAGUCCUUCUACGAGCCGUACGGAAGCACGAAAUUCCCUCAACGUCAGUUACUUUAAAUUCUUCCUCAGCAGAUAGUAUUGAAGGGAACUGGCGGCGUUUUUGUACAAAAUGCAACGUCGGUUUUAAAACACCCGCUCAAUAUCAACAACAUUUAAAGAAUGUGCAUCGAGGCAGAAGAUUUAUUUGUCAAGAGUGUAAUGCGUUAUUUAGUACAAAGGGUAAUUUAACUAAACACUUUAAUCAAGUUCACAAUCAGAAUGCUGGUUUGUCAUGUCCUAUUUGCGAAAAACAUCUUAGCAAUAAAUUCAAUUUAGAACGACACAUUCGCUUGGUUCAUACAGAAAAGGAAAUUGCAUCAUCAUCUUCGGCUUCCAAAGGAAACAACACUACAGUCAGUGGUGUCCCACAUUCGGCUACCACUGAAUCCAAUGAAGAAUGUUCAUCACAUCAAGAUGAUAAUACAACUGUUGUUCCAACUGCUAGUGGAACAAAUCCGCGUGGAUAUUAUCUUUAUCUAUCGGAUUCAGGAGGUUAUCAGUCAGUUAACACAACUGCACAAUCAACAAAUGCAAAUCAUUCUGUAACAAAACAAUCCAUAAUUCAGUUGAAUUCGGAAAAUGUCGAUUUACAAUCUGUUGCUUUCGUUGCAGACAUCAGUCUAACACCAUGUCAUCCAGCAAAUCCUGAGGCUGAAAUCGGUGUCGGUGGUAAAACUUGGAAACGGAAUAUAAGUAUUGUACAGUCUUCAAAACAAACUGUUAAUGAAGAUUCAUGA